CCACUGAUCUGCACGCACCCAUUUUUGUAAGUAGCAACACUGCAGAUCAAUGAUGAAUAAGUAAUUUGGCAAUGUGGUGAAAAAAUAAAAACAAGUCAAAGUUUGAAAUUCAAAAUUUCAAGGAAUGUCUUCUCCGGCCCCAACAUCUCCUGAUCUUAGCGAAAAAAGUAAAAAAUACGAUAGACAAAUAAGGUUAUGGGGCGAUCAUGGCCAGAAAUUAUUAGAAAACUCAAAAGUUUGUCUAAUAAACGCCACUGCAUUGGGUACAGAACUGCUGAAGAGUCUCGUUUUGCCAGGAAUUGGAUCAUUCACAAUUGUUGAUGGGGAAAAAGUUACAGAAGAAGAUCUCGGUUCUAAUUUUUUCUUGGACACCGACUGUCUUGGUUUAUCUAGAGCCCAAGUUGCCACACAGUGUCUGUUAGAAUUAAAUCCCGAUGUUCGAGGUGACUAUAUUGACGAAUCCCCAGAACAUGUUAUGGCCCACACGCAAGACUUUUUCAACAAAUUCACAGUUGUGAUUGCAACUGCUUUGCCAGAAAAAACUCUCAUUCCUUUAUCUAAACAUCUUUGGGAUUCAGGCGUUCCGCUGGUAGUAUGUCGCAGUAUAGGAUUUAUGGGAUACAUAAGAUUACAAGUGAAGGAACACACAGUGAUCGAGUCGCAUCCGGACAACUCAAAACCAGAUCUCAGAUUACUCACACCUUGGCCAGAUCUUCAAGAAUACUUGGAGAGUAUCAAUGUGGCAACGCUUGAUCAAAAAACUCGCAGUCACACUCCGGCAUUGGUUAUUUUGUAUUACUAUUUGAAGAAAUACAAAGAUUCUCACAAUGGAAAUGUACCUAAAACAAGAGCAGAAAAAGAAGUGCUUAAAAAAAUGAUAAGGGAAAGUCCAACUCCUGACGAGCACGGCAUUAAAACAUUGGAGGAAAACUUCACAGAAGCAAUACAUUCUGUUAAUUAUUGCUUUGGUGAUACCGGUAUACCAGAACAUGUACAGAAAAUCUUAAGCGACGAUUGCUGCCUAAAUCUGACUCAGAAAAGCUCACCUUUCUGGGUCAUGACUGCUGCUCUCAAAGAGUUUGUUCUAGCCGAAGGAGAUCUUCCUAUUCAAGGUAGUUUACCGGAUAUGGCAGCCGAUACCUUGAGUUACGUAACAUUACAGCAGCUGUACCAUAAACAAGCCCAGUCUCAAGCUGAGGUAGUAUACAGGAGGGCGUCGCAAAUCCUGAAUGUCCUGGGUCUUCCACAAGAAACUAUCACAGAAAGUGAGGUAAAAUUAUUUUGUAAACAUGCCAGAGAACUCCACGUCAUACGAGGCAGCUGCAUCGCUUACGAAUAUGAACGUACAGGCCUUGAUUUGUCUUCCUACCUAGAGGAUUCAGACAGUCUGAUAUUUUAUUACGUUAUCCUACGUGGCCUAGAGCGUUUUAUAGGUGAAUUCAAUACCUAUCCUGGCCAGUUCGAAGACCAAGUGGAACCCGACGUUUCGAAGUUGAAGAACAUCAUUGGGAAACUUUUGUCGGACUGGAGCUGCUCUCACAUUCUGAGUGACGAGAAGGUACUGGAGGUGUGUAGGUAUGGCGGAGCGGAGUUGCACUCAGUGUCCGCCAUUUUAGGGGGUUGCGCUGCUCAUGAAGUUAUAAAGUUGAUUACGCAUCAGUAUAAGCCUCUCAAUAAUGUGUUUGUGUAUAAUGCAAUUACUUCCACUUCCGCAACUUUUUGUCUGUAAAAUUCAGUUUUGGGUUUUGCAUCAGGUUUUUGAUACUAUUUUACCAGCCUAGUCAAGUAACUUGUCUAGGCUAGGUGAUUUUUCCAAGAGUAAGAAAGAAAACUGCAUUAUUUUAUUGUUGUUUGUAAAAAAAUGAUUGGAGGUAUGCUGAGAAAUAAAUUUAGAUACAUAAC